AUGUCUACUGCCCAGCUACAAGACGUCUUUAAAACCAUGAAAAAAUAUAGACUGUCACUCAGGGUCUUUUUGAACGCUUGUUUCCAAUCACAAAGCCAAGGUAUCCAGGAUGUUGUUCAAUGCUUUUAUAGAGACAAUGGGCCUGCUGAAGCUAUCGAUCUCUGGCAAAAAGAAAUGAAUCAUUCAUAUCAGCGAGAGACGAAUAGCAUCACACAGGAAAAGAUCGAAGGAUUCGAGCUCGAGUUUGUUAGCGAAGUUUUCAAGAAGAAAGCCCCUGUUUUUCACCAGUUCUUGACAGACAUUGCGUAUACAAACAGUCAUUGUUCGAAGGACCCGUCGAAAGCUGUACCUGUGGUUGCUAGUGUAUUUGCAUUCCUAUACAACCGUAGAUGCAACUAUAUUCAAUCGAUGCUAGGGCUGUAUUUGUUCAGUAAGGGAGUUCCGCGUAAGGUCAUCACACUUUUAGCAUGCGCAGGAUUGUCAGUAUCUCAUCAGUCCCUCAUCAGAGGCAUGGAGUCAACAUCCAAUGGCGCUCUUAAAAGUGUUCAGGCCAAAGUAAAGGCUAGCCCCUUUCUAAUUGUUUAUGACAACAUAAACAUGGCCCGCCGCAAGCAUAAUCAAAGACUUGACAACCAGGACUCGUUUGGGAGCGGGACUGCAGCGACACUCGUUACCACAAGCGUAACUGCAGAAGAAGAGCGACACACCGAACCCGCUCGAUGUCUCCAGCUUAAAGAUUUGAUGCCUACGACGGCGAACGAAACGCAUCUUCGAGAGACCAUGCGAUUCCACCUGGUCGAUGUUCUGCGGAGAAACCUCAAGGGCUACGAAGAAGUGUCGAUGCCUGUUCCAUCGAAGCUGCUACUUCCGAUUAAAAAAACGGAGGCUUUCCCACUACCAUCAAUGCACAUUAACCAGGCCACGAUUGACGGAAACAAGGAUGUCCUGGAAACUAUUAUGGGACAGACUCUUAAGAUACCCAGUGAGUGGUUCGAUGGAAAAAGGGCGGUGGUUACUGGUGACCAGCUUACAGUGAGCAGAGUUCGUUCAUUAAAAAGGCAACGUUGCGAUGAUGUUUCGACCUACCACAGGUUUGAGUGGGCGGUUCCUGUCAUACAGCUUUUUCAUCUGCAAAUGGUCCUUUCUUCAACGAUCUUGCGUACCCACUAUGGUGACAUAGGAGUUCCAGGAUCGUUAGCAUAUUAUGCAGCGAAAUUAAGGCGAAAACGUGUCACCCCCGAUCGGUUUGAUUUCCAUGCAGUAAAUGAGCUUCUCUUUCACGCAUUUGAUGCAAUGGUAAUCCGUGCAUGGCAGCUUGUCCAGGAAUGUGAGGAUCUAGCUGAAGACUCUAUGUUUUUUCCCACAAGUGUGCUACAAGAGCUGAGCGAGAAGAAUGUGAACAGGAUUCUGGACAGGUUCCUAGAUAAAGCCAACCGACCCCAGCUCAAUGGAACUGUUUCUGAUAAUGCUGCUCUAUUUAUAAGAGAUGCUAAUCUACAUAGAACAAGCCAUGCUGUCAUGUCUUCUUGGUUAGUGAAUACUACAGGCCAGGAAAAUCGUUGGAUACCUACAGAUCUUUUCCAAGAGCACAACAACUUGCUUAUCAAAAAGAUACGAAAGGCAAACGGUUCAACCUGGGAUGAGAAACAUGGAUCAAGGUCUACCAAUAUUCACUCGCUCGGACAAAUGGAAGACCAGAUGAAGACUUCGUUUGGCGUCCCUUACUCAGGCACCAAACACGCUACAAAGAAAGCGGUCCAUGAUAUCAAUGAGAUACUCGUAUCCCUCAGGCAGUAUGAUAUUCUUGAGUCCUAUAGCAAAGAUCAGCCUCCGAAAUAUCAUUCACAGAUUGCCAGCGCACAUCCUGUAGCAGAUCUCAUCAAGGGAGGUUAUGAGAAGAUGCAGGGGACAAAACACCUCCAAUCGUUCAUUGAAGCGAGAACCCGUUCGCAUGGGGGACCGCACAAAAAUAUAAACGAUGAGGCGAUGGAGGUUGACGGAGACGAUGCUGUGGGUAUUGUUUAA